AUGAAGGAAUUUACACAAUUUUUAAAGAAUAAUCAUAAUAAUAUUACUGAGAUUUUAGCUAAUGAUAACAUAAAGUUUAACUUCAUACCACCCUAUACACCACAUUUUGGAGGAUUAUGGGAGGCAGGAGUGAAGUCCUGCAAAUACCAUAUCCGCCGCGUCAUUGGUAACGCGAACUUAACUUAUGAAGAGUUUAGCACGAUCUUAGCUCAAAUCGAGGCCGUCCUAAACUCUCGACCUAUGCAUCCACUGUCCGCAGAUCCAACUGACCUUCUUCCUCUCAGCCCUUCUCUGUUUCUGAUUGGCCGACCGCUGACUGCACCUGCCACUCCAGACCUGACGGCUACAGCUUCACAUCGCCUGUCCCGCUAUGACCGCGUGGAGCAAAUGCGACAACAUUUCUGGCGGAGGUGGUCCACGGAAUACAUAUCGGAGCUGCAGACCCGGACAAAAUGGAAGACAAGGAGAGAAGAAUUGGCACCUAAUACACUCGUACUUAUCAAAGAAGACAAUCUUCCGCCUCUAAAGUGGCGCUUGGGAAGAAUUCUUCAUACCUUUCCAGGAAAAGAUGGCGUGUCCAGAGUCGCUGACAUCAAAACGGCGACCGGGACGGUGCGAAGAGCAUUCACAAGAAUCUGUCCUCUGCUGCCACAAGAAAAUGAUACUUCGUUGGAAGCAGGAGCUUCCAAGGUCGGGGGCAUAUGUUAA